CUUAUCUAUAAAACCUCACCAUAAGAUACGAUCUCUAAAAUAAAAUUAGAGCGUUAUAUCGACACUAAAACAAAUGGAGUUCGCCUGGCCUCUCCUCGCUGCUCUCCUCCUUCCUCUCUCCUUCCUACUGCUCUACCAUGCCAAGAACGGUGGCAAGGCCAGCCGCCGCCUGCCCCCAGGGCCAGCCGCCGUGCCGGUGCUCGGGAACUUGUUCUGGGUGAGGCUCCAUGGGAUCGAGAUCCUGCGUGCCAUCCGCCGCUUCCACGCGCGCCAUGGCCCGCUGCUCACGCUCCGCAUCGGCUCCCACCUCGAGGUCACGGUCUCCGACCGCCACCUCGCGCACCUGGCGCUCGUCGAGCGCGGCGCCGCUCUGGCCGACCGCCCAGCCUCCGCGUCCCGGGACCUCCUGGGACUGAACUCCUCCACCAUCUCCACCUCCAGCUACGGCCCGCUGUGGCGGAUAUUCCGGCGCAACUUCGUGGCCGAGGUCGCGAACCCGGCGCGGCUCCGGUUGUUUGCGCCGGCUCGUGCGGCGGUGCUCGCCGAGCUCACCGACAAGCUACGCCGCCGGCAGGAAGGGGACGGCACCAUAGUGCAGACGUUCCAGUACGCCAUGUUCCGCCUCCUGGUGGCCAUGUGCUUCGGCGAGCGGCUCGACGAGCGCGCCGUGCGCGACAUCGCCGCAGCGCAGCGUGACCUGCUGCUAUAUUCGUCAACCAAGAUGAGGGUCUUCGCCUUCGUCCCCGCUGUCACGAGGCGACUCUUCCGCGGCCGCCUGCACGCCAUGAUCGCGAUGCGUCAACGGCUCAAGGACACGUACAUGCCGCUGAUCGACGCGCGUAGGCGGCGCAAAAAUAAUCUGGGAGUGGGAGGAGCCGCCGCUGAUCGCGACAUGGUAGAAGAUGAAGGGACGCAAACACAAACAACGCUGCCGCACUCGUACGUUGACACGCUGCUUGACAUCCGGCUCAACGACAACGAUGGCGACGGCCGCGAGCUGACGGACGACGAGAUGAUCGCGCUGUGCUCCGAGUUCCUCAACGGCGGCACGGACACCACGUCCACGGCGCUGCAGUGGAUCAUGGCGGAGCUGGUCAAGAACCCGGGCAUCCAAGACAAGCUCCACGACGAGAUCAAAGCCACCAUGACGACCAGCGGCGGCGGCGGCGGCCCGGAUCACAUCUCCGAGGAGGACGUGCAGAGGAUGCCGUACCUGAAAGCGGUGGUUCUGGAAGGCCUCCGGCGGCACCCGCCGGGGCAUAUGGUGCUGCCGCACGCGCCGGCGGAGGACAUCGAGGUGGGCGGGUACGUGAUCCCCAAGGGCACGACGGUGAACUUCUUGGUGGUGGACAUGGGCAUGGACGAGCGUGCGUGGGAGCGGCCGACGGAGUUCGCGCCGGAGAGGUUCCUGCCGGGCGGCGACGGCGAGGAUGUGGACAUCACGGGCACUAGGGAGAUCAGGAUGAUGCCGUUCGGGGCUGGGAGGAGGAUCUGCCCGGGCCUCAACGUCGCGACGCUGCACCUCGAGUUCUUCGUGGCGAACCUGGUGCGCGAGUUCGAGUGGCGGCAGGUGGAGGGGGAGGAGGUGGACGUGGAGGGCGAGAAGGCCGAGUUCACCGUCGUCAUGGCCAACCCGCUCCAGGCGCGCCUCGUCCCCAGAGCAACAGAUUAGAAGGCAAGGAGGCCCCCUGUUUACGCGCUUGCUUCAUUUGUUGGACUGCGUCACGUAUGGUUUAGCUUUAUCUGUGUCUGUAUUGGAAAAUAAAUCAAUUAUACUACUAGUGCCUCUGUCGGAAAAAAAAA